GCUUAGCAUGCGAGAGGCACGGGGAUCGAUACCCCGCAUCUCCACCUGGGGAUGGUUGGGGAAGUUCGCGUCACCGCGCCAACACCCCACCUGCCCUGCCAGCCAUGGCUAGGAGAUGUGCCUCCGUGCCUGCCAUGCACCAUGGCUGACAUAAAAAUGAUGACUGGUGUUCGUUUUCCUCUUCCUGAUCGUGAUUCUUGAAACCAAAUGCCUGUGGGAAUGACAGUUCAUGCGGCUCUGUGAGCGGGUGGGAGUGGGACCACCAUGUUGAUAUUUCGCUGAUAUUUUCCUGCUGGUAGCUUGAAACCGGAGGGAUUUGAGAUGUCCCAUCACUUUCCCUUCCACGUGCGUAUUUUUUAGCCCUGUCUUAGGAUCAGAAGUAAGGUUUGAUAUAUACGCCAUUCGAGAAGCUUAGGAGCUUAGACCUUAGAUGACACUCAACCUUAUGGACUCGCAGGAUCACUGAGUAGGGCUUGCAGCCUAUUCCAGCUCGGACGCAAUGGACCCUCAGAACCAGGCUGGUUCCGUGGCACCCGAAACCGCAGCUGCAGCAGAGGCUCGGCCCGUAUCGUAUGGCAAACCUCGUUCGUUCCCCUUCCUGCUGGUCCUGGUCGGCCCGCCAGGCAGCGGCAAAAGUAGAUUCGCAGGCUUGCUGAUUGCUGGUGGCGGUGCUCCUCUACCGUACGCGCGUGUUUGUCAGGACGUGGCAUCGGCGCGAGGGACACCUGGCACUCGGAAGCAGUGCCUGGCACAAGUGAGCCGUCACCUCUCGUCCCAGACAUGCGUGGUGCUGGACCGCUGCAACAUGAGCGUGGAGCAGCGCGCCGAGUUUCUCGCCCUGGCGCGCCGCUGCAACGUGCAGGCGCACGUGGUCGUCUUCGACCUCCCGAUGGCGGUGGUGGUGCAGAGGGCGGUCAACCGAGUCAACCACGAGGGCGGCGUGCAGGGCCCCAGAGCUGCUGGCAUCAUCCGGCAUCAGAUGAAGAUGCGCGAGCCCCCCUCUCCCACGGAGGGCUUUCACCGCAUCACAGUGUGCCGCACCGACGCCCAGGUGGACCAGGCGCUCGCCUUCUACCGCGCGCUCUCGCCCUCCGCCGCUGCUCCUGCUGCCCUUUCACCCUCCGCUGCUGCUGCUGCUGCUGCUGCCGCGCUUCCUGGAGCAACCACGCAGGAGGGGCAGGGCGAAGAGGAAAUAGGUGCACGGGUGCAGGGGAUGCAGCUGAGGGGAGGAGACGAGGCGCGGGUGCAGGGACAGGGAGCAAGGCAGGGAGGACAGGAGCACCCAGGGCGCGUGUAUGAACAGCAAGGGCCUGCAGAGAGAGAGCGGGUGAGAGGACCAGCACCCUCCCUCGCUGUAGUGCGUAGCAAUGCAGACACUGCUGCUGUUACUGACGCUGCUGCUGUUACUGGCACUGCUGCUGCUGCUGACACUGCUCCUGUUGUAGGAUCUGAUACUCCCUUGUGUGCUGCUGCCACUCCAGGAGCCUUGGAGCGGCCAGCAGCGGGGAGGGCGAUAAAAGGGGUGAUAGGGGAAGGGGAGUCUCAGGAGGCAGCGGUAGAGCAAGGAGAGGAGGAGAGGAAACAAGCACGAACCUGUUGGUUCGGUCACAAACCCAGUCUGGCUGGUAGAGUAGAAGGUACGGCGGCAGCUGAUCCAGCUGCUGUAGGUGCCGUAGAGGCAGUUAGAACAGUAACAGGAGCUAGGGACUUAGCAACAAGUAGAGUAGAGGACGUCAGCCCAUCACAGCCUGCAGUGUAUGAUGUCAGGCGAUACUUCCGUGCCAAGCCUGUUGUGGAAGCAGCUAGUAAAGGGGAUGGGGGGGGAGGUGGCGGUGGAGCGAAGAAGCAUGGUGGUGCUAAGGCAGCAGCACAGCACAGCGAGAGCCAGGAGCAGCAGAACGUGCAGCUGGAAUUGCGUCAGCAGCAGCAGCAGCAGCAGCAGCUGCAGGAGGAGCCGCAUGAGGAGCAGGAGCAGCAGCAAGUGAACGCAUCGAGCCAGGAUGUGGGGCUACGAUGGAAGAGACGAAGACUGCACGCGGAUGGGGAGCGAAGCGCAGGCCUCUUGGCUGGGCGAGCGGAGGGUGCAGGCCUCUUUGCUGGGCGAGCGGAGGGUGCAGCAGAGGGGGGUGGAUUGAGGCAGGUGCAGGCCUCCUGCAUGCAGGCACGCGUGGGUGGGGAGUCGUAUGACGUGGGGCAUCAUGAUGGAUGCGGACCGGCUGACGUUGCUGCUGAGAACGAUGGAGGUGACAGAAACGAGGGUGGGAGGAAGGGAGGGAGUGACGGUGAGGGAAGAGAGAGAAGCAGAGGCGAGGAGGGGCAGCAGAGGCACGAGCGCAGGGAGAACCGGAACCUGGAAAGAAACAAGGGGGAAAGGGAGGAUGACAACCAAGAGGGUGAUAGGCAAGGGGACGAUGAGCAAGAGGAGGAUCAGCAGCCGCAGAAAAAAGAGCAGCAGCAGCAGCAGCAGCAGCAGGCAGCACGGCGGUGGGUGCUGGCGUUCCCCUCCAUCUCCACGGCGGACUUCAAGUUCGACCGGGAGCGAGCAGCGGCGGUGAUCGUAGACUGUGUCACUGAGUUCCUCUGGCGCAACGGCGGCAGCAGCCACGGCAGCACCACUGCCAGGAGCGCGGGGGAGGGGAGAGUGGGCGGUGGCGAGGUGGAGGGAGGAGAAGGGGAGGGUGUGGGUGGGAGUGGGAGUGGUGGGCUUGCUGCUGCUGCUGCUGCUGUUGAUGGCGGUACGAUUGCCGGGAUUGCUGGUGCUGCUGGUGUUGCUGCUGGUGCUGCUGCUGUUAGGGCUCUGAAACAAGGGGGAAACGGAAACGGGAAUGGGAACGGUGACAGUAACGGAGCCAGUGGCAUGGGAAGCUGCAGCGUCAACGGAAACGGAGGUGACAAUAACGGUGCCAGCACUAGGCACGGCCAGCCAGCAGCCAAGCAAAGCCCCCUAGCACCAGGAGAGAUAAGGCAAACAUCACCGCCCGGAGCACCGGAGGAGAACAGACAAACAUUGCCUCCGGGCGGCGGCAACACAUCGUCUACAGUGUCUGACUCCCCGCCCAAGCAAGACACGCCUGAGCGCCUUCCCAUUCUAGACCUGGUAUUGGUGGACCUCUCCCCCUCCUCUGACAUGCUCAGGCGAGUGAGGCGCCUUGCCCGCCAGAGAGGCCUGCCGUUCUUUGAAUCUGGACGGCCUAGGAGAGGAGCGGAUGGUGGGGAGAGAGGCGAGCACAAGGGAGAGAGGGGAGAGCACAAGGGCCGGGGGUUCAUUGAACCUGGACGGGUGGGCGGAUUAAGAGGUGGUGAGAGGGGUGAGCGGGAGGAUCAAGGGGAUGUGGCAAGGGAAGGGCCAGGCAAGGGUAGAGCAGAAGUUGCUGCCAUUGCUGCAGGUGCUGGUGCAGCUGCUGUGACCGUUGAUGCUGCUGAUGCUGCUGGUGCUGGUGCUGCUGAUGGUGGCGCCGCUGCUGCUGCUGCUGCUGGCAGGGGCGCUACGGGCAUGGGGGCUGGAGAUGUGUGCGAUGACAAUGGGGCUGGAGACAGGGGUAGAGAUGGGGUAAGGGCGGCCAGAGGUGGUGAGAGGGACACGUGGGACGACAGCACACGUGGCAGGUUCAUCCUGCAUGCGGGGGAUAUCACCCAGAUGAGGUCGGAAGGCGGCAUCGAGUGCCACGUCAUUGCGAAUUCGGCCAACAGUCGCCUGCUGCCGGGCGGGGGCGGAGUGAAUGCAGCCAUCCACACUGCUGCUGGCCCCGGCCUUGUCGAGGUAACGCGACGGAAAUGGCAGGAGAAGCAGACGAAGCAACACCAGCAGGAGAAGCAGCAGCAGCACCAGCAGCAACAAGUGACGCAGGAGCGUCAUGAGAAGCAGCAGCUGCAAGGGCAGCAGCAACGGCAAGAGAAGCAGAUGCAGCAGCAGCAGCAUCAAGAGCAUCAGGGGCAUGAGCAGCAAUCAGUGCAGCAGAAACAAAGGUCGGAGAGGCAGCAGUCCCACUUGCAGCACGACCAGCAUCAGCACUCCCCCUCCCAGCUCCACUCCCCCCCUCCCCCCUCUCAGCCCCUCCUCUCCCCAGGCUCUGUCCUCGCCGCCCCCCUCCCUCCCUCCUCUCCUCUGCGUGCGCGUGAGGGGGUAAGGCACGUGGUGCACGUGGUUGGUCCUAAUAUGAAUCCCCGCCGGCCCAACUGCCUGGAUGGUGACUAUAACGAGGGGGAGAGGGUGCUGAGGUCGGCGUAUGGGGCGCUCUUUAGAGAGUUUCGGCUGCUGGCGAAGAGGGGAGAGGAGGAAGGGGAGGCGAGGGGAGGUGGAGGAGAGGAGGGAGUGGGGAGAGUGAGGGGGGGGGCGGGAGAUAAAGAGGGGGAGAGAGGGAUGGAAGGGGAUGUAGAAGGGGGAGAAGGUGGGGGGGAGGUGAGAGGAGGAGGAGUUAUGGUUGGGAAAGGGGGAUUGUAUGUGGCAGAGGGUAGGCUGGGGGAAGAAGGGCUGUUGGUGCGAGGGUGGGAGGAAGGUGGAGGGCUUGCAGAGGCGCAACUGAGAGUGUCUAACGAAGGAGACAUGGGAGCAUCUAACACGGGAAGGGACGAUAAGAAUAUAGGGUUAUGGGACAGUGGGGCAGAUGGGAGAGGGGAGAUGAGGCGAAGAGGGAGGGAUGCUGGUGGUGAUCAUGGGAGGGGGAAGAGGAAAGCACGUGCGGACGAUGAUGAUGAUGAGCAGAUUGGAGGUGAGGGGGAGGGGCGUGAGAGAAACGAGGGCAACAAGAGACGAGCGAUAGAAGUGGGAGGUAAGCAGAGAAGGGCAGUGCAGGAAGGAGAUGACAGGGAAGGUGAGGGCAGGGGAGGACGAGGUGGGGAGGAGUUGGAGGAGGGGACGGGCCGUGAGAAACAAGGGGAGGAGGGGAUUGGAGUGAAAGAGAGUGCGGAAGGUGAGGAGUCAGAACGGGAAGAGAUGCAGCAGCGAAUUAGGGCGGGGGCGAGCAGGGAGAAGCCGAAGCCGAGGGCAUCACGAGAUGCCUUUGCUGUGCUUAUGGCAGCUGGGAGAAAGAGAACGGCUGGUCACCAGGCUAGGACGGAUGCAGUGGCUGGUGAGCUCCUACCCGAAGCUAAGCGACAGGCUCGGGAUGCGGGAAGGGCGACUGGUGUACACAUUGUGCUUCAGGCUGGCACUGCACCUCCUCUUCCUCCUCCUCUUCCUCCUGCUCUUUCCCUUGCUCCUGAUCCCCCUCCCACCACCCCUCCUGGGCCCACCACCGCCAUAGCCACACCUCGGGCGACAGCAACAGCAGGAGAGCCAGUAGCAGCUGCAUUAGCAGCGACAACAGCAGCUGCAGCAGCAGCACCGAUAGCAUCAGCUGCAGCAGCACCGAUAGCAGCAACAGCGGCAGCAGGGAAGGCAGCAUGGGACAGGCGGCACCCCAGGGGGAGAGGCAGAGGCAUAUCGUGGAUCCACAGCAGCACCAACCCUCCCUGGCCGUGGAUGCUGGCUGAGCCUGCUGAUCCGACGGCUCAGAUGGUGCAAGAGAUCCGCGUGCAAACAGGAGGAGGUGGUGAUAGUGGUGGUGGUGACGAUGUCACUGCUGCUGCUGCACAGUUGAAAGCGGCAGCAGCAGGCAGAGGGGCAGCAGCAGGCAGAGGGGCAACAGCAGCGGAGGCGCGGGCAGAAGCCGACGCACGAGCAGCAGUCUUUGCUCGGGCAGUGGCAGAGGCAGCAGGGAAGGAAGCAUUCGACCCAGCAGGCAGGCCACAAGGCGCAGAGCCAGCCCAAGCGCCCUCCCCAACCACUGUCAUGUCGUUCACCACCUCAACCACUCCCAGCAGCGAUACUGCCACCGCUUCUACGUCAGCUGGGGCCGACUCCACGUCGGCGAGAGCAGAUUCCACGGCUGCGGGAGGCGACCGUGGGUAUUGGUCGCGAGGUGACAGCUCUGCAGCUGCUGCAGCGGCUGCAGUGGCGACAGGUGCUACUAGUGAGGGCAGGGGGGCUGGUGGUUCCUAUGGUCGAGGAAGUAUAAGGAGGGAUGUGCGUGGUGAUGCUGAUGCUGAUGCUGAUGCUGAUGCUGAUGUUGAUGCUGAUGCUGAUGCUGAUGCUGUUGGUGGUGCUGUUGGUGGUGCUGGUGGUGGCGGGCGCAGUGAUGGUGACAAUGUAACACCACUUGGAGUAGCACCACCACCACCAACACCACCACCACCACCACCACCACCAGCAAAUGCUCCAAGCGCUGCUGGUUCCCCUCCAGCAGCUCAGGUGCCCUCUGUGGAACCCCAGGUAGUCACAACAGAGCGCCAGGUGCCUCUAGCAGAAGCUCAGGUGCCAUCAGGUGCACCCGACUCUACAGCAGCACCAGAACUCGCUGGUAGACCAGCAUCUCUCACGCCCACGCCCAUUGGGACUGAAGCUGUGGCGCUGGCUGAGGCGCAGGCUAGGGCUGGGGCUGUGGUGUGCAGCGUGGCUGAGCAGCCAGCACUCGCAGCACCUGCUGCUUCCCGCCCUCCCCUCCCUCGAGUGCCUGCAGAGGCGGACAGGCCGGGCAUUGCAGGCUGGCACACAGCGAGCGUGGGGGGCCGCGUUGCAGGAAGGCAGGCAGCAAGCGAGUCCCGCUUGCCCUCUGUGGCGGGAGCAGGGGCGGGGGCGGGGGAGGGGCAGCCCAUGGGUCUGUGGGCGGGCCGCGGAAGGGCAGCGUUCCGACCCAACCUUGGUAGGGUGGCGGAGGACGAGGGGAGGGAAGGGGGGAUGGAUGGGGGCGGAGAGGGGGGGUAUGGGGGAGAGAUGUUGCAGGAAGGGGUUCUGGGGGAGAGGAGGGGUGAGGGGGCAGGUUGGGGGGAUGGUGGAGGGGUGAGGAGAGAGGGGGGUGGUGUUGGGGUGAGAGGAGAGAGGAGCGAGGGAGGAGGGAUGCAGUGGUGGAGGAGGAGUGAGGGGAGGGGAGUGAGAGGGAGUGAGAGGGGAGGGCGAGGAGAAGGAGAAGCAAGAGCUGGUGGGGGUGGGGAUGAAGGUGGGGGAGAAGGAGGGGGAGGAGGGGGAGGAGGGAGAGGAGGGGGAGGGGGCGGUGGUGGCAGUGGUGGUGGUGGUGGUGGUGGUGAUGGGGGAGGGGGAGGAGGGGGGGACUGGGAGGGGGAAGGGCAAGUGAUAUGCGAGGGGGAGGGGGCGGUGAAGGAGGAGCGGGGAGCGGAGGAGGCGGAGGAGGAGGAGGAGGGGGAGGGGGAGGCAGCAAGCGGAAGGAGGGGCAUGGGGGGGCGGAUGGGUCAUGGAAGCAUGCACUGAGGGACAUCGCCCUGCGGCCUGAGAGGCAUGGCGACGUGGUUCUGUUUGCUGAUGCCCAUGUGGUGGUCAUUCGCGAUAAAUACCCCAAGGUGAG